UGGAAAUGCGUCGUGGAAGGUUUCGACGUUUCGUCCCCUUCCGUUGCGUGAAGUGUGAAUAGACCUUAAUUAUUUUAUUUAUUUUCUCACAUCGUUGUUUGACAAAGGCUUUUAUACUAGGCUCAGUUUCAUUUUCGUCGUUUGAGCAAAUUCUUGAAUUUUGUAUUUGACAAUUUACACUUCUUUGGCUGUCAAAAAAAAGUUCCAUACAGUUGAGUAGAGAUAUCUCCAGACCACUUUGUUUGAAUACAUUCAGUGAGGAGUUUAUGUUUUGGAAUGCUUUGAAAAUUUGAUAAUUCCCGAGUUAUGUGAAGCAAUGUGACACGAUUGGGAAAAGGAGUGUUAGGACAAUACAAAGACUUAACAUGCAGGGAAUAGCGUUUGCUGUAAUUGUGGCCAUUGGCCUAGCAGCAGUUGCGUAUUUUGCAUCAGUACAGCGUCCUUUGACUCACGGUCCAGCUGACUUCAGUGAUUAUGAACCAAGAAAUUCGUGGACACCCCAGAGGGAAUCAACUGGCGGUGCACAGCAGCGCAAGAAAAAGAAGAAAAAUCCAAGUUGUCCAAUAUGUCUUGAGAAAAUUGUACCAGGCCCCAAAGUAAAGGAACUACAAUGUGAUCAUUGGCUCCAUGAGGAAUGUGCAAUUGGAUGGUUCAAGGAGGUGCUCCAGGAAAGUUGUGCAGUGACACAAGACUGUCCCCCAAUUUGCUUACAUCAUCACAAGUAUACAUCUCAGUCUGCAGCACCAUGUGUAGCUCCAUGAAGUUCCUCCUGUGGAAGUUCCAUGACAAUGGGGUUCCCAAGAAUAAAGAGUUUUUCUGAGAUGAUGUGAGACACUUAGCAGAAGCCAGAGUUGUUGUUAAUCAAACUUCAGAUAGCAAGCACAUAACUGGACAGUUGCAGAACACCAGGCUAAAUUUUUCUACCUGAUUUAUAAGAUGUUUUUGAUAAAUGUAUUCCUCCAUACUUAUUCCAAUAAUAAUUUAUUAGUACAAGGGAAAAUUAACUUCAGAGAAAGGUUCUAACUGAUGAAUCUCAAUCUCACAGUCUACAUCUACAUCUACAUCCAUACUCCGCAAGCCACCUGACAGUGUGUGGCAGAGGGUAAAGUCAAGAAAGUCAACAGGAACCCUCGCAAACAUCAUCUAGUCAUAUACUAUCUAUUUUAAAAUUGUGGAUUAUUCUACCAGAUCUUAUAAAUGUUUUAAAAUUUUUCUGUUAAACUUAAAUUUUAGGAUUAAGUCCGUCAGUAGCGGAUGCAAAUUUCCACAACAAAAGUCUUAUUCAAUAAAUAAUAGCAUUAAAAGGUAUUUUCAGGUUCUAGACCCUACUUGCACAUUACACAGCAAUAUUGCUGAAGCGAUUACUUCUAUUAAUGUUUACUUGGCUUGUUCCACAUUUCAGGUGUUUUUUCUCCAUUAUGAGAUUUAUGGAACACGAUAAGGGAAUCAAUUAACUGUACAUCAGAAAACAUUUUUCCACUAUACAAUUCUACUGGAAAACUUAAGGGGACCCAGUCGUCAUGGCCUGUAGUUUUACUAAUAUUAUGAAAUUUAAUAACUCAAAAACUCUGAUAGAUACUGGAAUCAAACUUUAACCAAAUAAUUGUAAUUGUGACCUCUAUGUGGAAAAAUUAAAAAACUGUGGAAUACAUAAUGGACCAAAUACUAAUUAUUACCUUAGUUACUAAAUUAGAUGUAAUUUUGAUGUUAGCCCCACUGUAAUUCCACACUAUUCAAAAUAAAACAUAACAACAAAUUUUGUUCUUUUAAUUAUUAACUUGCUGUGACAGUACAACAGGAAUGUUUACCAAUCUGUUGUUUUAUGUAUUUUUUUAAAAAAAGGUUUUUCAGAAGUCAAUUUGUUCUCCCAAUAAUUUAAAAAAAUAUGACAUGCUCAAAUUUAAAAUAUUUAAAACAUUGUUGAAUAUUAUGGCUCCCUGAAUAGGCAAGCUCUGUAUUAUUAUUCAUGUAAAAUUUUGAUUUUGUAGCUUUAAUAUUGGAUGAGAUAAUGAGGCAUAAGUAUGCAAAAACACUGAUUACA